AUGGGGAAGCUCGAUCUCGACGCGUGGAUCGCGAAGAUCAAGCAGUGCGAGCCGCUGGAGGAGGCUGAGCUCGAGGCGCUGUGCGCGUACGUCAAGGAGGUCCUCGUGGAGGAGAGCAACGUGCAGCCGGUGUGCUCGCCGGUGACGGUGUGCGGGGACAUCCACGGGCAGUUCCACGACCUCCUGAAGCUCUUCGAGACGGGCGGCGACGUCCCGGACACGAACUACAUCUUCAUGGGCGACUUCGUCGACCGCGGGUACAACUCGCUCGAGACGUUCACGCUGCUCCUGCUCCUCAAGGCGCGGUGGCCGCAGUGCGUGACUUUACUCCGAGGAAACCACGAGUCGCGGCAGAUCACGCAGGUGUACGGAUUCUACGACGAGUGCCAGCGGAAGUACGGCAACGCGAACGCGUGGCGGUGGUGCACGGACGUGUUCGAUUACCUCACCCUCUCCGCGCUGAUCGACGGAGAGGUGCUGUGCGUCCACGGCGGCUUGUCGCCGGACGUGCGCACGCUGGAUCAGGUUCGCACGAUCGAUCGUCUCUGCGAGAUCCCGCACGAGGGCCCGUUCUGCGACAUGAUGUGGUCCGACCCGGAGGACAUCGAGACGUGGAGCGUCUCCCCGCGAGGCGCGGGGUGGCUGUUCGGGAGGAAGGUCACCGCGGAGUUCAACGCGAUCAACGGGUUGAACCUCAUCGCGCGCGCGCACCAGCUCGUGCAAGAGGGGCUCAAGUACACGUUUCCGGAGAAGAGCUUGGUCACGGUGUGGAGCGCGCCGAACUACUGUUAUCGGUGCGGGAACGUCGCGAGCAUGCUCGCGUUCGACGAUAAGAUGGAGCGGACGGUGAAGUACUUCACGGAGACGCCGGAGAACAGCACGAUGAUGGCGCCGAGGGCGAGCGUGCCUUACUUUUUGUGACGGAGGAGGAGGAGGCG